CGGAAACGUCUAGACCAAUAGUAGAGGACCAUAAAGUUCAUUGCUAAAACGAGGGAAGGGAAGAAAGAGAGAAAGAAAAGUUGAAAGCAGAGGCAACAAUGGCAGCAAAGAUGAUAUUAUCAGUGUUGCUUGGUGGGUUUGUGGUACUGUUCUUAUACCUCUAUGAGUCUUUGGUUUUGAAGCCAAAGAGGCUGAGAUCAAAGCUUGAAAAGCAGGGGAUCAGAGGGCCUUCCCCUUCAUCAGUUCUCUUGGGAAAUAUCCCAGAAAUGAAGAGCAUCAAACUCAAGGUGAUGAAAAAGUCUGAAGAAGUGAGUAGCAUCAAGUCAAAGGACCACCAUCCUUCUCUUGCUCAUGAUUGGCCUUCAACCAUCUUCCCUCAUCUGGUGCAGUGGACAAAUGAAUAUGGGCCAAUCUUCAUGUAUUCAACUGGAAGCAUACAGCUAGUAAGUGUUACAGAUAUAGACAUGGUGAAGGAAGUUAGCCUGUGCACAUCUUUGAAGUUAGGGAAGCCUGCUUAUCUGUCUAAGGAUCGCAAGCCACUGUUAGGGCAAGGCAUUCUAGCUUCAAAUGGUCCAACUUGGUCUCACCAAAGGAAGAUUAUUGCUCCUGAAUUCUACUCUGAUAAGGUUAAGGGCAUGGUAAACUUGAUGGUGGACUCCACAACCUCAAUGUUAAGAUCUUGGGAGAGUAAAAUUGAAAGUGAGGGAGGAAUGGCAGUCUUUAGAGUUGACGAGGAUUUAAGAAGCUUGUCGGCAGAUAUAAUAUCAAGAACAUCAUUUGGAAGUGAUUAUUCACAAGGGAAAGAAAUUUUCUUAAAGCUCAGAACUCUUCAGAAAGUCAUGUCCCAGCUGGGGAACAUUGGGAUUCCUGGCUUAAGAUACUUGCCAACGAAAGCCAACAGAGAGAUAAAGAGAUUAGAGAAAGAGAUCCACUCAAUGAUAUUAAGGGUUGCAAACCAACGCAGUACUGAGGCUACUCAUGAGAAGGACCUUCUGCAAAUGAUACUCGAGGGAGCGAAAAAGUAUGAUGAUGCAGAUAGCCUAUUUUCUGCUGGUAUCUCCCAGGAAGACUUCAUAGUGGAUAAUUGCAAAAACAUAUACUUUGCUGGCCAUGAGACCACUGCCAUCACAGCCUCCUGGAGCUUGAUGUUAUUAGCUGCAAAUCUGGAGUGGCAAGUUCGUGUUCGUGAUGAGGUGCUUGAAAUUUGUGGGGAUGGAAUUCCAGAUGCUGAUAUGCUUCGAAGCAUGAGAACAUUGAAUAUGGUUAUUCAAGAAACAUUGCGUCUGUACCCACCAGCGGUGUUUGUCAUAAGACAAGCCUUGGAAGAUAUUAAGCUCAAAGAUAUUCUACUUCCCAAAGGUAUGAACAUUCAGAUUCCAAUCCCAAUACUGCAUCAGCUGCAUGAUCUAUGGGGCCCUGACGCCCUCAAUUUCAAUCCAAAAAGAUUUGAGAAUGGAGUACUUGGGGCUUGCAAGUUUCCUCAGGCUUAUAUGCCAUUCGGAGUUGGUGCUCGUGUUUGUCUUGGCCAACACUUAGCCAUGACAGAAUUGAAGGUGAUUCUGUCUCUUGUUCUAUCCAAGUUUUCCUUCUCACUCUCACCUGCGUACCAACACUGCCCAGCUUUUAGGUUGGUUAUUGAACCUGAAAAUGGAGUAAAUCUCCACGUGAGGAGAGUGUGACCUUUUUCUUUUAAAAGGUGCAAAAGAAUGUUGCAGAUGGUCGAUUUUUUUCGUAGGGAAUAAAGAGUUGGCAACUUUUACACCUGUGGUUCACUGUGAACAUUGAAAGAAAAAAGGAAAGGUUAAGGUUUUUUUCUUUCUUCUUGUAAUCUACAUGUAGGAUGCAAUGUGGGAAGGAAACAUUGUGGGCGAAUUACAUUAUUUUGUUCUGUGUUCAUGUUUUUUUAGGGGAUCAUUAAGGAGGACAUAUUCAAUUGGGAUUUUAAAAGACUAUUUUGGGAUAAAUAAGUCAUGUGGUAUUUAAUUAA